AUGAAGGCAGCACGCAUAACAUCGUGGGAUUCACUACCGGAGUAUAUGUCAGUCCCAGCCCUUGGGCCCGCCCCGCUGGUAGCUCCCUUCUUUGCUGAACGCGUCAAUAUCAAGUGGAGCCAGCUCGUUAAACUUGAGCCAGUGACUGAUUCUACUACCGUAGCAGCUAUGGGCGACCCGUUCGGAAGCAGCUGGAUGGCUUUGCAAUGCCGGGCCAUUGUAGGCUGUCGUGGCCGUACAGUAGCCAUUUUUGGUGCAACUAGUGCCGGUGGAAAGGCCGUUGUAUCUUCUGCGCGCUUCCUUGGUGUGGGCAUUGCACGCGAUGCUGAUACUCUGCCGAAUAUCGAGGGUCUCGAUGAUGGCGUCGUGUUGACGAAAAUCUCUCUAUGCCUUCCAGCAUUGGCCCUGUGCAUAUCGUGCUAG